CGAAAAUGAAAUCUUUAUCCCCAAAAUUUUGAAAUUCAAAUCCGCGCUACUAGUCUCUCACUCAAUCUCGAGAGUAGGUCGUCGGCGAUGUUUUCCGGCAGGGAGAAUCCGAGGGGGACGGCGAAUGUAAACGUGCAGAAACUUUUCGGGCAGAUCUUUGAGAGGAAGAGGCGAUGCGUCGAGCAGGUCAAGCAACAAGUAGAUCUGUUUGACCAGAAUCUAGCCUGCAAAUGCCUACUUGCCGGAGUCUCUCCUCCGUCGUGGCUUUGGUCUCCGUCUCUGCCUUCCCAAACUUCAGAGUUGAAUAAGGAGGAUAUUAUCUCAGAACUACUAGUUCCUCAAUCAAGACCUUCCAUCAUUUGUCCAAGCAGUCGUCUCUUUUCAUACCAAAAGCCUGACAAUGUAAUAAGACAAGACCCGACAUUUUCUGUGGUAAAUAGCCCUUUAGAAGAGCAGCCGCUUGAAGAAGAACAACAACACGACCACUCACAGAACUUAGUCAGACGCGUUUCAAAUGCUUCUCACGAGCAGGAUGCUAAUAUUGCAUCUCCUAGAGAUGUCCAUGAGGAGGAGGGAUUGCCAGAAAGUGUCUCAACCGGUUGCAGUGAAAAUCAAAGUUGUCCGUCUCCUGAACAGUCUCAGAGUCAGAGAGUUGAAAAUAGUCUUGAUGCUACAUCUCCUGGCCGUAGCCAAGGGAAAAUGGUUCCCAAAAGUGUCCCAACUACUGGUUGUGAGCGGAAACCAUCAUCUUCCGAAGAUUUUCAAGAUGAAACUGAACCAAACACGUGCAUUGACCCUGGAUUACCACUUGCUAUGAUUCAGAGAUCAAAGUCACGUCAAAAAGCUGUGGAGCUUCGUAGUAGUGCCAAAGCUUUGAAAAGCCGUUCAAACAGUAGAAAUGAGCUCAGACCUUCUCCCAGUGGAAAUAUAGGCCUUGAGAUUGCUUCUUUAAGGUCCGACAGUGUAAGUGAAAUCAAUUUAUUUAGGCAUGAUGAGAAUGAUGAAGGUUGUCCAGACGAAGUAGAGAACAGUAAUUCUCAAGGUACCGGAGGAGAUCAGUGUAUUAAGUUUAGCUCAACUACGGAGUCUUCUACCCCACAUCAGAAAGUGGUUUCGGUGCAAAAAUCUUCCAAUGGAGAUGCUUCUGCUUCUAUUGUACCAGAAUCUCUACUCGAGUCUGGUCAUGUGAAGGAAAUGAAUAUAUUACAGACCACUGAGACAGUUGAUAGAAUAUCUGCCAAAGUAGAUGAGGAAGUGGAUGAUCCUCAAAGCAGAAGUUGCAAUAAAACAGCUUAUCUCGAUGGAGGUUCACGAUCUAGAAGCUCAAGUCAACAUAGUUCCAAGAGGGAACAUCAAAAGUCGAGCAAUUCCUUUUCUGGUGACAUUCCGUCAAGAAAUCCAAAUCCCUCUCACAGGACAGAUCAGGAAGUAGAAUUACCCCAGGUCAUACCUCUCACUAAUGAAGUUUCUAUGGUGGCAGAUGCUGGAACGAGCAUCUUUCAGUCUGAAAUGAAGGCAAAAUUCAGCAGUAAUGCUCGAGGAAAUAGAUCCGAGACCAAGCAUUCAGGCUCUGGUGAGUCUUCUUCAGUUGACGUGGAGCCAAGACAUUCAAUUUCAUUACUGCAAGGUGGUGAUGUAAAGGAGUCGCUGAUUCCCUCGACCAUUGAUGUGGAGGCUUUAGUAGUUGAAAAUAUUACCGGCGACAAUCAAUUAAAAGAAAUGGGUGAAUGUGCUGACACCAACAGAUGUUCAAGCGCUGGAAGGGUCAGCCAAACUGGCAUAUCCAGCGAAGGUUUAGUAGUUGAAGGUGUUAAAGAGUCACUGAAUCCCUCUACUAUUGAUGUUGAAGGUUUAGUAGUUGAAAAUAUUACCAGCGAGGAUAAAGCCAACGAAAAGGGUGAUUGUGUAAAGGAGUCAUUGAUUCCCUCGACUACUGAUGCUGAAGGUUUAGUAGUUGAAAAUAUUUCCAGGGACGACCAAUCAAACGAAGAGGGUGAACGUGUUGAUACUAACAGAUGUUUAAGUGCUGGAAAGGUCAGCCAAACUGGCAUAUCCACAGAUGAGACCGAGCUUUUGGGCUUUGUUGAGUCUUCUUCAGUUGAACUGCAGUCAAGACACUCAGUAAUGCAAUCAGAGGAUGAAACUGUAUUGUUGAAGCCCGUUGCUGUUACUGGUGAAGCUUUAUUAGUGGAGGAAGAUAGCGCUGGUGAAUCAAUAGAAAUUAGCAAUACUCCAAAAUCUAGAAGCGUUACCCGAACUGACGUCCCGGUAGUUGAGCCAGUGGCGCUUGAAUCUUUUCUUCAGGAAAGCGGUACUCCAGAAGACUUGACUGACCAUUCUAAAAAAUGUGAUACUAGUUGUGGGUCCAAGGAAGUGCAGCCACAUGCAAAGGGUUCAUUGACCAAAGCGGGGAGUAACCAAUGCCAUGGAAGAUUAAGUAGGCCAAGAAGCUCAGCAAAUGAAGAGGAAUCAGAAAAUGAUUUGAAGGCUCUUUCUGUUGGCUCUGAUAAGUGGGCUGACAAACAGCUUGAAAUUAGAGGAGGAAAUUCAUCAUUGGGGACACAUGUUCUCCCUGUAUUUGUGAAGCCUGAAUCACCCUGUUUUGAUGAUAGUGAAGAACGCAACUCAGAUGAGAUUCCAAUGAAUAGUCGAGAAAAAUCUACAAUGGUGAAGGCCCCAACACCAGCAUCCGCCGCAAGGGUGUUAGAAGUUCCAUCUCUCGCUGAUUCUGAAGUGAUUCUCUUGGCAGACAAUGAAAUGAAUGACAGUGGGGAUUAUAAUGGCUUAAAGAAAGAAAUAGUACCAGAAACGGAAUCGCCUGCAAGCCAUGCUGGCUUAAAAGUGGGAGAGAAUGAGCCUCAAGAAUCAUUAACAAAGAGGCCUCAACCUGAAACCUCUGACGAAGGUGUUCCCCCAGUUAAAAGAAAUGUAGCAUAUUCAGAAACAGGCGAAUCUCAUCGUCCAGAGAGCUCUAUGCAGGAAUUUUUCUGCUCUAGUUCCUCCAUGGAGGGUUCCCAACUGCAAAAUAAGCGGAGAAGAACCCUGGACAUACUUUCGUCAAGCCCAGCGGGAGACAUUCUCGAUUCAGGUUCUGUUAGGGAAAAAGCACAUCUUAUGGAGGAAGGCGCAUGUCACAACCUCAAUUACUAUGAUGUUGAGUUACAGAAGAUAAUUGGAUCUGCACCUUCAGAUCACUAUGAUGUUGAGUUUCAAAAGAUGAUUGGAUCUGCAUCGUCAGCUGAGUUACGAUUUGAAGAGGGCUACCUAUUCAAGGAAGCUGGGUUGAUGAGUCCUGCCUCGCUUUCCUUCAGACCAGAACAGCUAAGUGUACAGAGGAGUCAUAUUGCUCCAAAUCAGGGAUUUAAAACAGAAAGUGUGGGCUUUCUGCCAUUUGCUGGAGAAACCUGUCAUCCAUUUGCUAGUUGCGGUGUCCGAGGUUCAGAUUGUUCUCCUUGUUUAUCACCCUUAGGUUUGAUUGGCUCAGAGGAUGGAAGCCCCCCUGUUUUGGAGGGAUUUAUAAUCCAAACUGAUGAUGAAAGUCAAAGCGCUUCCAAAAGCCAGAUAAAACAUGACAGCUUCCAACUUCCAAGAACUACAGCAGAAAGUGCAACAAUGAUAGAGAAGAUUCGCAAGUCUGCUUGCAAGACCACUCCGUCCUUACAUCUGGCUAAAACAUUUAAGUUCAAUGGAAAACUGGACUUGGAUCAGUCCGUUUCAACUGAGCUGCUUGAUGGCAUGUUUUUCAGCCAGAAUCUUGAAGAUAGCUCUGUCUUUGAUAACUUGGGGAUUAACCAUGAUUAUACAGGAAGAUUGUACACUGACUGUCUGCCUUUUACUGGUGCUGGCUCAUCUGCUGAUGCUAGGAAUCCUCGCACAUCUCCAACUGAGAAGUUGUGGUAUAGAAGCUUGCAAAAGUCUUCCAGUUCAGAGAAGCGCGGCAGUCAAACACCAGACCUACCUUGCAUUAGCGAAGAGAUUGAGAACGUAGAUGAGGAAGCUGAGAACUUAUGUACCAACACUCCAAAGUCUAUGAGCUUAGAGAAGCGAGGAAGUUCAGUUCCGGACCUUCCUUGCAUAGCUGAAGAGAAUGAAAACGUAGAUGAGAUGUCCGAAGCUGUUAAUGACGUAUCUGAUUCCGAAAGGGGGAAUGACUCUGCUGAAAGGAAACCUCUUGCUGAUGCAACUGAAGACCCUCUGAAAAUUCUUCCAUCUGUCUCCGAAGCCAAGUAUCCUGUUGACAGACAGAGUCUGGACUCUGUCAAUACUGCAUUCAGCUUUUCGGCUACGUGCAACAACAGUGUCAAAAGUAAAGUGGGAAGGCAGAACGGUGGUAGCCGAAGAUUCACGGGUAAAGGUAAAGAGAACCAAGGUGGAGCAGGUGCUGGAAGAAGUGUUAGACCGCCUAGUAGCAGGUUCAGUAAGGCUAAGUUGUCUUGUAACUCGAGCCUGACAUCUCUAAGGCCGCGAUUACCGGAAAAAGAACCUAGGCACAACAACAUUGUUUCCAACAUCACUUCGUUCGUUCCACUUGUGCAGCAGCAAAAACCAGUAGCUGCACUAUUUACAGGCAAGAGGGAUGUCAAGGUAAAGGCCCUGGAGGCUGCUGAGGCUUCAAAACGGAUUGCUGAACAGAAAGAGAUUGAUCGUAAGAUGAAGAAAGAAGCUAUGAAGCUUGAGCGUGCAAGGGUAGAACAAGAAAAUGUGAGAAAGCAGGAGAUGGUGAAGAAGAAGAAGAAGGAAGAAGAGCAAAAGAAAAAGGAGGCGGAAAUGGCUUUGAAGCAGGAGAUGGAGAAGAAAAAGAAAGAAGAAGAGCGGAAGAGAAAGGAGUUUGAAAUGGCGGAUAGGAAGAGGCAGCGAGAAGAAGAGAAAAAGUUGAAGGAAGCUAAAAGACAGCGUGUUGCAGAAAAUCAGAGACAGCAAAAAGAGGCUGAUGAGAAACUACAAGCUGAAAAAGAACUGAAAAGACAAGCUAUGGAUGCAAAGAUAAAAGCACUGAAGGAACUUAAAGAAGACCAAAGUAAUGCUGAGAAAGCUCGAGGACAGGCGAAAACUAGGAUCCCUGAAGUAAGAUCAAAGAGUAAUUCCAGCAGCGAUACCAAUGCGUCAAGAACCUCUAGAGAUGAGGAUUUCAAGGUAAUAAGCAAUCCAGGGAAAAUGUCUGAAGAGUCCUACGACAUCUCUCCAUACAAAUGCUCAGACGACGAAAAUGAUGAAGAAGACGACUAUGACGACAUGUCGAACCACAAAUUCGUUCCUUCUUGGGCCAGCAAGAGCAACAUUCUUCUCACUGUCAUUUCCCAACAAAAUCGUGAUCCUGAUAUUACUUUCCCUGCAAGAAGCUUCCGCAAUAUAACCCAAGUUCUUUUGCCGCGUAAAUUCCGAUCGUAAACGAGGAGCAAAACUCAGAUUUGAAGAGACAGUAAAACUUAAAACCACAAACAAAGUAAGGGACUUUUGUGUUUCAAGUUCCUUUCUUUUUGCAGGAAAUGAGGAGUAAAUCCUUAGUAGCUUGAGCUUAAGUUCAUAGAGUAGUAGUAAGUAGUUUGUGAAUACAGUCUUUUUGUGGUUAACCUAUUGUAGCAACUUAUUAUCAAAAAUCGAAUCUUCUCAAGAUUCCUUUAUGCUUUAGUAAGGAUUUAGUGAAUGGGUAUGUAAUAAUAAUUAAUUACGUUCAUACGUAACGGCUAUUUCUAUUUUAUAUCUAUUCUAAUUUUCUAAGGUUGUGUACUUAUGUGGAUUCUCCUAGUGGAAAGAGCCAGGUGCUGAAAGCAAGAGAUUUGUACAUAUUCA